GGAGUCUCCAUCCUGGUUUCUCAAGUGCCCGGACCCAAAACAGGAAGUAAGCGCGCGGGGGCCUGCGGGCUGCCAAAGGCCGGGAGCGGCCGGGCCGCGGGGAGGUGGCGGCGGCGGCGCGCGGGGCGGGCCGAGCCGAAGGCACCGGGAGGAGAGAGGCGGCCAUGUCCGACCCCGCGCUUCAGCCGCGGCCGGGAUGGCAUGGACAGGGCCGCGCCGGGCCGGACUGGCCUCAGCCGGCGCCGCUGCCCGCUGAGAGGACGGGAAAAUGGCGGCGGCUGCGGGCCGGGCCCAAAUGGCGGCGCUGGCGGCCGGGGACAGCGGCGCUGAGGCGGGCCCCGGGGCUGGCGGAGACGCUUCCCCCCGCGGCCGUUCAUCUCCGCCUCCACGGCGCUGCCGGGCGGCAUUUGGGGGCGGGGGUGCGAAAGUGGGGAGAAGCUGUGAGAGCUCCUACAGCGCGGGGGUCGGGAAGGGGAGGACGGUGCGGGUUUUGUGUUAAACUUCUUCAUCUCGGUGUCUGUAAUAAAGGGCCACCUGCGGGAACGCGUUUAAAGUGCCCGGUUUCCCCUCUCUCGGGCUAUGGUUGGGGUAUCCUAAGCUUGUGGCUUUUAUUUGCUUCAUUUCGUUAUUUCUUAUCCAGCGAAGGUGCUGAAGUUGCUCGGGGCUUUGAGUGGGUUCUGAAAUGUGUUACUCUGCCGGGAUCAGGGUUUGCAUCCAAGAGCAGGACCAGGCUUCCCAGCAUCACCGUUACACUCCGUUUCACCACUGUGCCCGUUUGGGAGGAGCUUUUCCUUCAUUUCCUUCUUUUUUUCACCCCUUUCCUUUUGAGAUCUCUUUAUUCUUGAGUGUGUAUUCAGGCACAGUGAAGCGCGUUACACUUCAGGUCUUUGGCUCACACUAUUUGUGUGCCUUUAUUUGCUAUUGUUCAGAUCCACCUGGCCAUUGUAAGUAAUAUACCAAAGUAAUCUAGAAAAUCUUUUCUGUUUGCCAGCACUGCUCUGGCAGUAGAUGGAAUUAAUUCCUUGACAGCGUGGUUAAAGUCCUGCUGCAAAAACAGAAGGUGUCUUAGUAAGAAGGUGGAUGCUUCUACUUAAGUGGCAGCAACUCCAUGCUUGCUUUCUGGACACCUAAUAGAACUGCCUCUGUAGCAUUGUAUGACUUACUCAGAAGGCUGAAGAGUGAGUUAAAUGCCUUAAAUAGAAGAGUUGGACACGAUGAUCUUUACGGAUCCCUUCCAACUUUGGAUAUUCUAUGGGGAUAGCUUUAAACUGAACGAGGGGAAGAGCAAGUUAGAUGUUAGAUUCUUUAUUUAGGGGGUGGUGAAGCUGUGUAUGCCCUGUCUCUGAAGGCAUUAGUCCCUGGGCUGCCUGGUCUGAUGAGGGGCAACCAGCCCACGGCAGGGAGUUGGAGCUAGGUGGGCUUUAAGGUCCCUUCCUUCUAUGAUUCUAUGAAACGUUUAUCAUGUGCCUGUACUGUUUCUUACCGUUUCUAACACGCCCCUAUUUGUGAGAGCUAGUGCUGUGUUUGUUCAUCUGCCUAACAGAAAGCAGAAGAGCUGUGGUUUUAUCUCAUGCCUUCUACAGUUAGCAUCCAAAAGUUGAUUGUUAUCCUAAGUUCCUGCCUCUUUAUAAUGGUGAAAAAGUUGAUUGCUUAAUGCUUCAAAUGAAGCUGGAUUUACGUGAAAGAAAAGAAAUUAUUUUAGUACACCUCAGUCUUAACAAGAUUCUUAUCCAUACCCAUACUUUGUGCCUGGGGGCUGUUUCCUGUUAUUGGGAAGGGGAGGCACUUUCUUGUUUUGUUUUCCCUUUUGAAGCAGUGCUAACUUCGCUUUGUGUGUUUUUGACAUGUAAGCAUGCUCAGUGCUUUUUAUCAAAAAAGCAGUGGAUACAGGCUAGCACUCGUGGAAUUCUGCCAAAUGUAAAUAGGUGUGCAUCAAUGUAAAUGAGAACAGUUUGUCCCAUUGACUACAAUAUAUUUCCUUUUUUGUGACGGCCUGCUUCCUUAAAUACCAUUAACGAGUAGAACUUAAUCUUUCUUGCAGGACUGCGAUCUCAUGUUGACACAGCUUAAUAAAUCCUUGUGUAUAUUGAACUCCACUCUCUGGGUCCUUGUGUUUGAUAUCUGUCCAGUUUGCUCCCCUUCUUAGCUUCUUGCUGCAGCUGUUGAAGUCAGUUCCUCUGUGGCUUCGAUUUAGAUUGGAGUGGAACCCAUGCAGUGUGAGAAGAAAGUUUUGUGGGGUUUAUUUGAUGGGAAAAUAAAUAAAUAAAUAGAAGCAUAAGAGAAUUGGCUCUGGUCAAAUAGUAACAUCUCCUGAUUGUGCAUCAGAAGCGUUGACCUUACAAAAGCUGUGCUAUGGAAUACAGUAAACAUUCAGGUUUUAUGUGAAGGUGUGUGAUGUUCUGGAAUGGCAUUGUUUCUAUUGUGUCACUCUUGAGUAAAUGCAUUGAAAUCGCAGCGCAUCCUAUGUGGGUGUUCCCACUGAUAGUUCAGUAGCUGGAAGCCUCCUUUAGUGUGCUUUCAUUCUUGCUUCCUUCACAGUUCAGUGAAAUAUACUUUUUGCCCGGUGUAAAGAGCACAACCUUUUAUACAGUUGCUUUAAGAAUUCUAAAAGAUAUCCAUCAGUUCACAGUAGAGAUAAGAUUUAGUUAAUAACAAGGCAUCAUGACAGAACCUUGUCUGCAAGGGAAAAAUAUUAUUUCUUACAAGCACUUAAUUUUCCUAGCCCACAGAACAAUUGAGCCCAUCUGCCUGAUGAAGAUGACUCAGAAGUACAGGAAUUUUGUAUUAAAAUAUUCUCUUUUUUUUUGUGAUUCAGUAGCAAAUGAACUUUGUUAUUUUCUGCCUAGAUUUGCUGUAUGUUUUUUAAAACAGAUAAGAACUGCUGUAUUAUGUAGUGGGAAAUUGACACCGGUGUUCUAUAUUGAAGGAUUCUUGUGGGCAAAAUAUUCUCGUAUCUCUUCAGUUGUGCACUGAAACCUAUUUAAAGUUGUCAGGAACUGUGAAAAGUGUUAGCUUUGGUAAACACACCCAGCAAUCUAUCAAGGCACUAUAAGGUGCUUAUGAAAUUUGCAUUUAUUUCUCAACUUAGAAAAAUCUUCGAUCUUCACUGUAUUUCAUUAUAUCCAUCCACACUGUUAAUGCACGUGUGUUCAACACUAUUCCCUUUCCCCACAAGCUAACACCCUCCUCCAGAACAUAAAAUGAAUGAUAGAUUGGUAUCUCUAAAGAAAGCAUUGGAAUCCAGGAUGAAGAGGUGUCCUGGGUCACACACACAUAGUGAAUGAACUUCUUUUACAUAGAAAGCAGUGCAUUUUCAAAGGCAGAUAUUCACGUAUUCUCAGUGAUGCCAUGAAAAUAAGGUGACUGUUUUGGAAAUGAAAGGACUGCUUGUUACAGUCUCACGUAUUAAAAACUAUUGGCUGUCAUUAACUUUGUUGCUGACUUUUUCAUUAGCGGGUGUGUGGCUGAUAUGCAGGUGUCCAUAUUAGAUGGAACUUGCAUGGCCCAUCCCAGAAGAUCUCUGUGGUGGUGCAGCAUCAUCUCACAUGGCUUCGGCUGUCAACCUGCAAGAAAUGGAGGACCUGGGGUUUGAGUAUGAGCACAGUUGAAGAAGAGUCUGACACAGUGACAGUAGAAACAGUGAACUCCGUGACUCUGACUCAGGACACUGAAGGAAACCUCAUACUUCAUUGCCCUCAAAAUGAAACUGAUGAAGUAAACUCUGAAGACAGCACUGAACCUCCACACAAAAGGCUUUGCUUGUCAGAGGAUGACCAGAGCCUUGAUGACUCAGCUCCCUGCAUUUCUGUUGUUGCAGUUCCAAUUUCAGAAAAUGAUCAGAGCUUUGAGGUGACCAUGACUGCUACCGCUGAGGUAGCUGAAGAUGAGAUCAACGAAGGAACUGUUACUCAGAUUCAGAUUCUUCAGAAUGAACAGCUGGAUGAAAUCUCUCCAAUGGGCAAUGAAGAAGUGUCAGCUGUUAGUCAAGCCUGGUUCACAACCAAAGAGGAUAAGGAUUCCCUGACAAAUAAAGGCCAUAAGUGGAAGCAAGGGAUGUGGUCAAAGGAAGAAAUUGACAUUUUGAUGAGUAACAUUGAACGUUACUUAAAGGCCCGUGGAAUAAAAGAUGCCACAGAAAUUAUAUUUGAAAUGUCAAAAGAUGAGAGAAAAGAUUUCUACAGGACAAUAGCUUGGGGUCUGAAUCGGCCUCUCUUUGCUGUUUAUAGAAGAGUUCUUCGCAUGUAUGAUGACAGAAACCAUGUUGGAAAGUAUACUCCUGAGGAAAUUGAAAGACUUAAAGAACUGAGAAUAAAGCACGGCAACGACUGGGCCACAAUAGGAGCUGCACUGGGGAGAAGUGCUUCUUCUGUAAAAGAUCGAUGUAGAUUGAUGAAGGAUACCUGCAACACAGGAAAGUGGACGGAAGAAGAAGAAAAGAGACUAGCAGAAGUAGUUCAUGAGCUCACUAGCACAGAACCAGGUGACAUUGUCACACAAGGUGUAUCAUGGGCUGCUGUAGCAGAACGGGUCGGAACACGCUCUGAAAAACAGUGCCGCUCUAAAUGGCUCAACUAUCUCAACUGGAAACAAAGUGGGGGGACUGAGUGGACCAAGGAAGAUGAAAUAAAUCUGAUCUUAAGGAUAGCGGAACUUGAAGUUUCUGAUGAAAACGACAUCAAUUGGGAUUUACUUGCUGAAGGAUGGAGUAGUGUCCGCUCACCGCAGUGGCUUCGGAGUAAAUGGUGGACCAUCAAAAGACAGAUUGCAAACCACAAAGACGUUUCAUUCCCUGUGCUGAUAAAGGGUCUUAAACAGCUGCAUGAGAACCAAAAAAACAAUCCAGGGCACCAGCUUUCGGAGAACAAAUCUGGAGGUGGAUUACCAAACAGUAACUCCAGUUCAGGGGUUCAGCACGUGCAGAUUCGAGUGGCUCGCUUGGAGGAGAAUGCAGGGAAUACACCAGGACCUGUCACAGCUUUGCAGAUCCCAGUCCAGAUUACGCAUGUCUCCUCAACAGAUUCCCCUGCUGCUACAGUUGACUCUGAGACGAUAACGCUCAACAGUGGAACCCUACAGACCUUUGAGAUUCUUCCAUCUUUCCAUCUCCAGCCUACAGGAACACCAGGUACAUACUUGCUACAGACAAGCUCAAGCCAAGGCCUUCCUUUAACACUAACAACUAGUCCUACCAUGACCCUAACAGCUGCUGCUGCUCCAGCCUCCCCAGAACAGAUCAUCGUUCAUGCCUUAUCUCCAGAGCACUUGUUGAAUACAAGUGACAAUGUCACAGUGCAGUGCCACACACCAAGUGUCAUCAUCCGCACCGUUGCUGCUGAAGAUAUCUCCUCCUCUGUCACUCAGGCAGAACUUACUGUUGAUUCAGACAUUCAGGCAGCUGACCUGACGGAUCCCCCUGAUGCCCUGGAAACAAACAGCUUCCCAGAUGAUAUCCAUCAGUCCAAGCUGAGUGAUGAAGAACAUUCAGCGUAUAAUGAAGAUGAUGCCUCAAAAUUCAGCAGCAGGAAUAGCAGUGAACUGAUGGAUGGAGUUAUGGUAAGAACUGAAGAGGAGAUUUCAGAUGCCAGCCUGAAGCAGGAAGAGGAUUCUCACUCUGAUUUACCCAGCACAUACGUCACUGAGGACCUGGGUUCUCCGACAAUAGAAGAACAAGUUGAUCAGCCUACAAUAGACGAUGAGACUGUGCUUAUUGUUCCUUCUUCCCAUGGUUUUAUCCAGACGUCUGAUGAUAUAGACAGCGAAUCAGUGUUGCCCCUGACAACUCUAACAGAUCCUAUCCUACAGCAUCAUGGAGAUGGGUCACACAUUAUUGGCUCAUCACUGGGCAGUCCUGACUCGGAAGAUUCGAAAGAUGUUGAAGAUCUAGUGAGCUGUCACUGAGAGAAGCAGUAAUCAUGUCCUUUUUGUAUUGACUGUGUUUGCAUUGUGAAAUUAGUUACAACCCUGUGCCACGUUUCCAAAGAAGGCAGUCAGUCCAUGUCUUGAAAAAGAAACUUACAGUUUGAAAUGACGGCAGUGCACUUUUUCUGCUCAGGCCAUUUACCUCAUUUGUGAAGGGUUACAGAGCAGCCAAUAGAAGCCUGAUGUACUACGACCCAGCCAGGGUGUUGCAGUGUUUCCCUGUUGGCAGUGCUCACUGCUAGGAGCCACGUGGUCACUUCUGAUCUGACUUGUGCUGAACUGCACAUCUCAAAAACUGGACAGAAGGCAGCGAUUGUGGACUGUAGCCUCUUAGUGCCACAGCAAGAAAUAGUUUGCACAUGUUUCAUGAAGAAUGGGUGAUGAUUUCUGCACUUACUGACUCUUGCAAUAUGUGGAGCAAGACUGUUACAUUUCAGGAAGAAAUGUGUUCCAUCAAAGACUUCAGGGAGCAUGGGCAGCAUCAUAAAGACAUGGUCUGUAUUCCCAUCUCAUCUGGUUUAUUGGUAUGUCUACAGCAUAGGACUUCAGACAGAUGCUUACGGGAUUUGUCGGGUCUGCUUGUUCCUGAGUAGUUCGUUGCUGGCAACGGAUAGAACUCAGAAAGAUCAUUUGUGGAAAAUCUUUUUUGUUUUCCUUCCUUCAUCACUACAUUAAGCUGAAUAAAAAGGGAAGGCCUAUGAGAAAGGGAAGCUACUAGUACCCAGCAGCCUCUCCCUGAACUAUUGUGAAGGUUGUUGUGAGUAUGCUGGAACGUUUGGUCUCGCUGUUUACAUGACACUACCAGCCACCUCUAGAGGUGAUUUAUGCAGCAAGUCGGUAGAUGGGAGGUUGGUGUGGAGGUGGCAAAGUCUUAGAGAAAUAGCUCUGUGAGAACUUGGGCACAGAGCCCUGAGGCAAAGGAAGCCAAUUAAUUCCUACAUCCAAGGAUUGCAACAGACACUAGGCUGAGCAGCAGCCUGUUAGCUAGGGACUGAGAGUAAACGCUAUAGAAACUAAAGACUCAUGUAUAAAUUAUUUUAUUUAUUUCUGUAAUUAGCUCUUCAUAAUCAAGAGUUGGUCUUUUUCAGUCUGUGGUUUUGUUAAUGUGAAAAAAUAAGUUGUAGUUUCCAAUGGUUGCCUAGGGAACAGAAGUAAUUGUAUAUUCAGUUUAAACAAAAUAAAGAGUAUUUGUCUUAUGUAA